UCCCCAACACCUCCUAACAGAAAUUUCUCGAACUAACCAGAAUACCCUAUAUUUCUCACCCUUAUAAGAAAACCGCAAAAAAGCAAGAAACCGGGAAGCCUUCAGAAUACGGUAGAUUAAAGAUCUGACGGUCAAUAUUCCACGAACAAGAACCUUCUCGAAACAAAUGCAGUCUUAUAAAAAACACCUCUCCCUUCUUUCUCUUGCAAUCGAAACAGAAUUCUCAGUAAACGAUCAGAAAAACAAUAAUCUCUUUCUAAAAUUCUCUCGAAAUUCUGUUAGUGUUUAGUUGGUGGUAAAGAAAUGGCAGGAAAAGGCGAAGGUCCGGCGAUUGGAAUUGAUCUUGGGACGACAUACUCAUGUGUAGGAGUAUGGCAACAUGAUAGAGUUGAAAUUAUUGCGAAUGAUCAAGGAAAUAGAACGACGCCCUCUUACGUUGCUUUUACGGAUACUGAAAGAUUGAUUGGUGAUGCUGCUAAGAAUCAAGUCGCUAUGAAUCCUACCAACACUGUUUUUGAUGCCAAGCGAUUGAUUGGUAGGAGAUUCAGCGAUCCGUCCGUGCAAAGUGACAUGAAACACUGGCCAUUCAAGGUGAUUCCUGGCGCAGGUGACAAACCAAUGAUUGUAGUCAACUACAAGGGAGAAGAGAAGCAAUUCUCUCCUGAAGAAAUCUCUUCCAUGGUUCUAACAAAAAUGAAGGAAAUUGCCGAAGCUUAUCUUGGCAGCACCAUUAAGAAUGCUGUUGUUACUGUUCCGGCUUACUUCAAUGAUUCUCAGCGUCAAGCCACCAAGGAUGCUGGUGUGAUCUCUGGGCUUAAUGUGAUGCGUAUCAUCAAUGAGCCUACUGCUGCUGCAAUUGCGUAUGGGCUGGACAAGAAGGCAAGCAGCAGCGGGGAGAAGAAUGUUUUGAUUUUUGAUCUUGGCGGUGGUACUUUUGAUGUGUCUUUGUUGACAAUUGAAGAGGGUAUUUUCGAGGUUAAGGCUACUGCUGGGGAUACUCACCUUGGUGGUGAAGACUUCGACAACAGGAUGGUGAAUCACUUUGUGCAGGAGUUUAAGAGGAAGCAUAAGAAGGAUAUUAGUGGGAAUCCUAGAGCAUUAAGGAGGUUGAGGACUGCUUGUGAAAGAGCAAAGAGGACUUUGUCUUCCACUGCUCAAACUACCCUUGAGAUUGAUUCCCUCUUUGAGGGUAUUGAUUUCUACACUACCAUUACUCGUGCUCGUUUUGAGGAGCUGAAUAUGGACUUGUUCAGGAAGUGUAUGGAGCCAGUUGAGAAGUGUUUGAGGGAUGCUAAGAUGGAUAAGAACGCUGUUCAUGAUGUCGUGCUUGUUGGUGGAUCUACAAGGAUUCCAAAAGUUCAACAGUUGCUGCAAGAUUUUUUUAACGGAAAGGAGCUUUGCAAGAGCAUUAACCCCGAUGAGGCAGUAGCUUAUGGUGCAGCUGUGCAGGCUGCCAUUUUGUGUGGAGAAGGGAAUGAGAAAGUGCAGGACUUGCUUCUGCUUGAUGUCACUCCAUUAUCUCUUGGAUUGGAGACUGCUGGUGGUGUUAUGACUGUUCUCAUCCCAAGGAACACCACCAUUCCUACAAAGAAAGAGCAGGUGUUCUCGACUUACUCGGAUAACCAACCAGGUGUGUUGAUUCAGGUUUAUGAAGGAGAAAGAACAAGGACUCGGGAUAACAACUUGUUGGGAAAGUUUGAGCUGACAGGCAUUCCUCCUGCACCAAGGGGUGUCCCUCAGAUCAAUGUCUGCUUCGACAUUGAUGCUAAUGGUAUUCUCAAUGUCUCAGCUGAGGACAAGACUACUGGGCAGAAGAACAAGAUCACAAUCACAAACGACAAGGGUAGACUGUCAAAGGAAGAAAUCGAGAGAAUGGUGCAGGAAGCGGAGAAAUAUAAAUCAGAAGAUGAGGAGCACAAGAAGAAGGUCGAGGCUAAGAAUGCUCUUGAGAACUAUGCCUACAACAUGCGAAACACUAUCAAGGAUGAUAAGAUCAGUGCCAAGUUACCUGAAGCUGACAAGAAGAAGAUUGAGGAUGCAAUCGAUCAGGCUAUUCAGUGGCUCGAUGGGAACCAGCUCGCUGAGGCAGAUGAGUUUGAGGACAAGAUGAAAGAACUGGAGAAUAUUUGCAAUCCAAUCAUUGCAAAGAUGUAUCAAGGAGGUGCUGCCCCUGAUGUAGCUGGCAUGGAUGAGGAUGGUCCUUCUGCAGGCGGUUCAAGUGGUGCUGGUCCUAAAAUUGAGGAAGUUGAUUAAGCGGAUGUUUGAUACUGUGGUUAUGCAAUGCAUUCUCUAAGCAUUUCUUUUGCUUUUAGUAAAAAUGUGGAAGAACAUGUUUCUUAUGUUUGAAGCUUUUAAAUUUUCUUGUUUGUACACUUAAGCUGUUGACUAUAGUUUACCGCGUGUAUUACCCUUGCCAAGACAUAUAAUAGCAGGCUUUUUCAUUUUCCCAAA